GGUCCGCGGGCGGGGGGCGGUGGCAGCAGCGCGCUCGGUUGUGAGCGAAGAGCGAGUGCGUGCGAGCGAGUGCCAUGGCCGGAGCCCGCUGAGAGCCACAAUAGGAGCGAGACCCCGACGCCCACCGGGACCCCCCGCUCGCUCUCCCCCGCGCCAGCCGCCGGCGGAACAGCAGCGCUCCCCGCCCUGCCCGGCACUGCCCCCCCACCCCGCGCCCGCCGCUCCCCCUCGGCUCGGCUCGGCUGCCUCCCGCCUCGCAGGGCCCUUCUCCGGGAAUGUGAAGAGGCAGCAGCACCGCAGGCAGCGGGGAGUGCACGGGACUGAGCGGAGCCGCCCGCGCCUGAACCCGCCGCCGACGCCGCCCUGCGCCGGGGAGGCCGCGCUGCCGCCGCCGCCGAGGCCGAGGCCUACAGGGCUCCUGCGCCGCCGCGGCAGCGACCGAGCCCGGCGAGAACCGCACUCGGGCCGCCGCCGCCGCCAGGCAUCGGCCGCGCUCCGCCAAGGCCGCCGCCGCCUCCCUCCGUCUCCUGCUUCUCUACCGGGAGCGCCAAGUAGGGAUAUGUCCUCAGCACCAACUACUCCUCCAUCAGUGGAUAAAGUAGACGGAUUUUCUCGGAAGUCCGUCAGAAAAGCCAGACAGAAGAGGUCACAAAGCUCCUCCCAGUUCAGGUCUCAGGGCAAGCCUAUCGAGUUAACUCCACUGCCUCUGCUGAAAGACGUUCCAUCUUCAGAGCAGCCUGAACUGUUCCUAAAGAAACUUCAACAGUGCUGUGUCAUUUUUGACUUCAUGGACACGCUUUCAGACCUUAAAAUGAAAGAAUACAAGCGCUCCACUCUUAAUGAACUGGUGGACUACAUUACAAUAAGCAGAGGCUGUUUGACAGAGCAGACUUACCCUGAAGUAGUUAGAAUGGUAUCUUGCAAUAUCUUCAGAACUCUCCCACCUAGUGACAGCAAUGAAUUUGAUCCAGAAGAGGAUGAGCCCACCUUGGAGGCAUCGUGGCCGCACUUACAGCUUGUAUAUGAGUUUUUCAUUCGAUUUUUGGAAAGCCAAGAAUUUCAGCCCAGCAUUGCCAAAAAGUACAUAGAUCAGAAAUUUGUAUUGCAGCUGUUGGAGCUGUUUGACAGCGAAGACCCUCGGGAACGAGACUACCUAAAAACAGUCUUGCACAGAAUUUACGGCAAGUUCCUGGGUCUUAGAGCAUUUAUCCGAAAACAGAUUAAUAAUAUUUUUCUACGAUUUGUUUAUGAAACUGAACACUUCAAUGGCGUAGCUGAACUGUUGGAAAUUUUAGGAAGUAUUAUCAAUGGUUUUGCUUUACCUCUCAAGGCAGAGCAUAAACAGUUUCUGGUGAAGGUGCUGAUCCCUUUACACACAGUCAGGAGUUUAUCACUCUUCCAUGCACAGCUGGCGUAUUGCAUAGUACAGUUUCUGGAGAAAGACCCCUCACUCACAGAACCAGUCAUUAGAGGUUUAAUGAAAUUCUGGCCAAAAACCUGCAGUCAGAAAGAGGUCAUGUUCCUAGGGGAGCUGGAGGAAAUCUUGGAUGUAAUUGAACCAUCACAAUUUGUCAAAAUCCAGGAACCCUUGUUUAAACAAAUUGCCAAGUGUGUCUCUAGCCCUCAUUUUCAGGUGGCUGAAAGAGCGCUGUAUUAUUGGAAUAAUGAAUACAUCAUGAGUUUGAUAGAGGAGAACUCAAACGUUAUACUUCCCAUCAUGUUUUCCAGCCUUUACAGGAUUUCUAAAGAGCACUGGAAUCCGGCUAUUGUGGCUUUAGUCUACAAUGUGUUGAAGGCAUUCAUGGAAAUGAACAGCACCAUGUUUGACGAGCUGACAGCCACUUACAAGUCAGAUCGUCAGCGUGAGAAGAAGAAAGAGAAAGAGCGUGAAGAACUGUGGAAAAAACUGGAGGAUUUGGAAUUAAAGAGAGGUCUUAGACGUGAUGGAAUAAUUCCAACUUAACAAAAAUACAAAACAGCAUUAUUAACCUGUGGAGUCACACAUUUAUGUAGUAGAAGAUGGAGCAACAGUUUUCUGUAUUGUGCAACUUUACAGUAGAUUUCACAUUUGUUUCAUUAUUACAACAGCACUGUAUAUACCUGUCUCUAAGUAAAGGAAAAAAAAUAAGGACUUUAAUCCAAAGUUUGGACAACAGAUGGACUUCUCAGAACUUUGCAAACAUAAUCAUUGUUUUAACCCUUCUUUAAAACCAGUCUUCAAAGAUCUGUUGAUGAAAAUUGCAAUGUCAGAUUCCAUUGUCAGGACCUGUUCCUUAUUUAUCGUUAGCAGAGAGUAUAAUACAACUUUCAAAUGUGAACAAUCUUAAAAUUUAGCUUGUCUUUCUGCUAAACUGUUACGUGUAUUUAUAGUAAAAGAGAAAAAAGACUGUCAUUUCCUUAUGAGUUUGUGUAACAUCCUCCUUCUCUGGAUAACUUUACUGUAAUUUGACUUUCUUUUCCUUUUGCAUAUCUUCAUAAGUUGAAUGUCCAUUCAGAUCAGGGCCAUGAAAAACAUCGGUCCUGAAUAAAAGUUUUGUUUACUGGUGUGAGCAUUUUUUUAGUACCAGGCUGUCUCUGGUGCUUCCUUAAUUUGAACAUUAGGAAUUAAAAAAAAAGUAGGUGAUAAACAUAGUAGGAAAGGGAGCUUUGGAUUCGUGCACCUAUUUAUUGCAAAUCCAAAUUAGUGUCCACAAUCCAUGGAAAAAAAAAAGGGGCAGUGGUAACACCCUGGACUUCAAUACCUAACCAGUAUUAGUGAUGCAGCACUGGACACAUGUACCAGAGUUGGUUUAGAAACACCAAUUGCUAAAUUAUUACAGUAUGUUCUUAUUGGACCAUUCUGAAAGAAUAAAGACACAUGCUGAACAACACAAGCAUGAAAUUGAUCUCCAGUGGUCAUGGAUCUAAUUGGAACUUGAGUUGAGAUGGCAGUUUGGACAGUUUGGAGUUGUUGCCUUACUUUUUAAUAUGUAUUUAUAAAGUGUUCCAGCAAAAGAGGAUGUAGCCUCUAAGAAACAUACUCUAGUGUUUUUGUGGUUCUAGUACUAUUACACAUCACAGUACCAGCCCUAUGGUCGUAGCUGGAAAGGAUUCUGGAUAAUACACUUCUGCAUUCUCAUCUGGAUGCUCAUUCCUAACUACUGUAUUUGUUACCAAAAGUGGUUCUACAAAUGCUACUGAAAAAAAAAAAUUCUGGAAAUCCUAAUGUUCUGAGUAUUAAUAAUAAAGUUUAAAAUGCUUUUAUAUCAAAGGUGCAUUGUGACCAAAUUGUUUAAAACAAAAGAGGAAAAAAAAUACAAAAACAAAGAAGAGGGCUGUAUUAUAAGUAUACAUUAUUGGCUAUCUGCUUUGUAUUUGAAAGUGGAAUCUUACAUCUUUGGUAGGUAAAAUGCUGAUAAGACUUCUGUACAGUAUAUAUUUAGCUAAUGCAGUUGCAUUAUUCUAUACCGGAAGGUAUGUGUUUCAGGAUUUUUCUCCAGGAUGCUUUUGAACUGUUAUAGACAUAUGACAACAGUGAAUUGAUAAUCCUAAACCAUCAAUCCAGCAGUAUUUACAGUAUAAAAAUGAAUUGGUGUUCAUGAGUCUUUGUGAUAGUUGCAAACAUGAAUUUAUGACCUGUUGCCAUUGAUAGAAAUACAGUAUAAAUACAAGCUUGUAUAUUUUUCUUCCUACCAUUUAAAUAUACAGUAGACUUUGAAGUUUUCUUGUUUUCAGGCACGGAAAAAAAAGUAAAAAAGAAUUCCCUCCUAGACUACUGACUGUUUCAGGAUUAUCAGGUCACAGUUUGUACUCCUGGGUCUGCACACACAAAUGUUGUAAACUCAAGGCUUUGUAAGAACUUGACACUGUUAAUUCUGGAAAAAAAAAAAAAGUGGAACUAGUCAUAUGCAACACCAAACACGACAUGAUUUAAUGGGAUUAUUAUGAGCUUCUUUUAAGAACAUUGACUGGGACUCAAUGUAAAUUAGGCAGUUACUGUCAUAGUUGAAACAUUUUAUUUUAAAGUGCUGAAGCAAAGGUGCAAGCUGAAAUACUGAAGAUUAAAUAAAUUUAUAACAAAUCAUGUCCCUUA